UCCCCCAAUUAAAAUGACACAGCGCGCUAAAAACGUAUCCUCUUUUUCUGUCGUCGAAGCGAAACCCACGCGCAAUUAAAAUUAAUUUUUUCCUCCUCGACCAUCAAUCUAAAAUUAAAUUCUUAAGGAUUUAAAAUCAACCUCAAGGGUCAAGGAUUACAAGAUGGAAGUAGCCCUGCAAAAUCCAUUGAUUCUCUCCAAUAUAUUUUCCAACUUGGAUUUCGCCUCUUUGAAAUCCGCCCGUGCCACAUGCUACACGUGGGCGGACGUUGCUGCUCAUCCCCUCGGGAAGAAAUCGGUCCUCAAGGUGCGCAAACUAUUUCCCCAGUGCUGCACCGUCACCCCUCUUCCGCACUAUUUUCCCCCCAGGAUGGCCGUCCAUGUCGACAUGAGCUUAAAGUGUGGCGGCAUCGUUACUGGAAAUUACUCUCAUUCUGGGAAGAAAGAAAGUCGUGCAGCUGCAGUGAAUAUUUCGACUUUCUUAUCAACCUGCCAUAAAAGUAUUGAGACCAUCACGGUCACCAAUAAUUUCGCCUGGCCUGUUUUCGAGUCUUUGGCGCAGCUGGAAUUUCCAAAAUUGAAAACUUUCAGCCUUGUCGGAGGAGAUUUUUUUAAUGGAAUCACCUACAAAAAAGAUUUGUCACCAUUUCCCGUUAGGAAAUCCAUCACCUGCUUGGAACUCAAGGAGCCACGUGUAUUUGAUAAAUUCAUGGGUGAAUUUUAUCCUUCUUUUCAACAACUCAUCGAAUCUUCCCCGAACUUGGAAACUUUGAAGAUUGUCGAGUCUUUCACUCCAACUUUAACGUCUUGUAAAAAAUUGAAGAUUUUGGAUUACUGCGGAUUUCCGGAGGAUUACGAGGCAGGGUAUUCUGCUCAUCGCGAAUUUGGAGAAUUCGACAUAGAAUCCAUGCUCGACAUGAUGGAGGAGGUUAAGGAUUCUCUGCAAAUUUUGACGAUCGGAUGCCGACAUGAUUUAUUCUGCUACCACGUAAUGGUUGAGCUGGAUGACUACGAAAUCCCCGUGAUGGCCAAGCUUGAAAAGAUGUUCGUCAACGGUGUCAUCAUCGACGGGUUGAAAAGGACUUUAAACGAAGGGAAGAACUUUCCCAAAUUGCAGAACUUGCGCUUGACGAGCAAUUAUGAACCCGAUAAUUAUGAGCAAGUAGAGCAAGACUUCCUCUGCAGUGGGGUCAUCGUCGUGAUCAACAUGGUUAAAACAUGAAUUUACUCCUGCGCUCCGAAUGAAAGUUUGACGUUAUACAUUCUCACUAAUUUAUUAUUCACGGACUGUGCAUCACAGUUAAAAAUUUCACAUGAUUGACUAAAUUAAUUCUUUAAUUGUACUUAAUUUAGGGAUAUUUUCGUAUUUAUUUUUCCUCUUCGUGUAAAAAUAUUUGUUUCUUCUAGCCACGUCAGUUUUAAAUGACUAAUGCAAAAAUGUGUAUACAUAAUAUGUGUUUUAUCUAAACUAUAUAAAGCAGGCGAGUGUAUCGCUGCUGGCUGGGUCGGUGGCUUAUUUGAGAAGUUAGCCUCUCCUUUUCUCUCUCCACUCUGCAGAGAGAACAGGAGAGGCUAACUUCACUAAUGUUGGGGUAACGGGCUUAUCCACGGGCCACGGGCCUAUUCUGCACGUCGAUUGACGGGCUUCUACACUAGUAGUUAAUAAUUAAUAUACUAAACAAACAACCAAUGAAUCAAUGCAUAUCUUAACCCAGUUCAUACAUAUAUAUGUAUAACUGUGAGUUUAUGUAAGUAAUCGUUCUGAAUAGAUAUUGUAUUAAUUUAAAAAUAAGUUUACUUUGACUGUCCUGAUCCCUACUGGUAAAUGGUAUGUUUAGCACUUAAAUAGUCCGAAUUUGCCCUAAAAAUUUGAAAAAUGACAAAAUAAAUGACUCGUUUUCCGUUUAAUUUCCAAAACUA